GGAAGUCGUAUUGACGCUCGGUUUACCCACUGGCGCACAACUGGCUGUACUGCGGCAAAACGUCAAAAGUACAGUACGUUACGGAAAAGGUCAUAUCCCAAUCUCGGCAGUGAGCAACCUAUCCACUGAGUAGAAGCAAGUUUAGGUUGUCGCUGAGGGAAAGAUGACCUCGGAGAAAGUGGCAAAUGGCUCUGGAGUCGCCUAUGAGGAGGAAGAGGAGAAGCUCAGCCCAGAUGACCUCUCUGAGCUGCUUGCCGCGGGCACCAAGGAUGUCCACGAUAAGGCGGAGAACAACGUGUUCGUAAAAGACUUCCUGCGAGGCAGAAUCCGCAAGGAGCUCUUCAAGCUGGGGCACGUGGCCCUGUACUUCACCUACUCGGCGUUGGAGGAGGAGCUUGAGAACAACAAGGACCACCCCCAGGUGGCGCCCAUCUACUUCCCGUCGGAGCUGCACCGUCGCGAGGCCCUGGCGCGCGACCUGGCCUACUACCACGGCGAGGACUGGGAGACGGCGGUCAGCUGCUCGCCCGCCACGCAGCACUACGUGGACCGCAUCCACGAGGUGGGCCGCACCGACCCCGCCCUGCUGGUGGCACACGCCUACACGCGCUACAUGGGCGACCUGUCGGGCGGACAGGUGCUCAAGAAGGUGGCACAGCGGGCGAUGAAGCUGCCGGCGACGGGCGAGGGCCUGGCGUUCUACCACUUUGAGGGCAUCCACAGCGCCAAGGCCUUCAAACAGCUGUACCGCAGCCGCAUGAACGAGCUGGAGCUCGACGCCACCACCAAGGACAAGAUCAUACAAGAGGCCGUCCACGCCUUCCACUUCAACAUCGAGGUGUUUGAGGAGCUGGAAGAGAUUGGGAAGACAUUGAAGGAUGAAGUGUUGGAUGCUGGUAUGGGAGUUCAUGGAAAUAUGGAUGGGGACAUCAACAAAUGCCCCUACUAUGCUGCUCAAAUGGCGGCCAAAGGUGGAUCAGCAGCCAUGUGUCAGAUGGCCAUGCUGGUCCUCCGGCACCCCACUGGUCAGGUGCUGCUGGCAGCCUGGGUGGCCGCCAUGGCCGGAUUGGCUGCCUGGUACCUCAUGUGAUGCCACGAUGCCCAAUAGCGAUGCUGCAAUGGGAGAGUAAGGAAGUGUUUUUCAAUGAGGAAGGAAAGGAGGGAGGGAGUGUUGGAAGAGAAGGGCCAGGCAGCUCUGCUAAUGUAACUAAACACCUCCCGUAUCUGGACGACGUCCUCAUUCUCCUCCUGUUCCCCUGUAUGUGGACGAUGUCAUCCUCUCUCUUCCACCCCAUGUUGCACCCUCCUCUUCCUCAUAAUCUCCCAUCCCCAACAUGAGCGCCGUCCUGUGAACUCUCUCCACUCGUAUUAACAGACUGUGUUACCGUCCAGUCCGCUGACAUCAUCAAAAAUGGCCAUGCGUUUGAGCCCCCCGUUCUAGCUGCUCCUUCUGACACUAGUCCAGCUGGUCAGGUGUGAAUGGAGGGUUAAAAUGGCUCGCAGGAGAAACAUUAUGCUGAACCCCAUGGAUGGGUUAAAGGGAUACUUGAAUUCCAAAAAAAAAUGCAGGGGUAAAUGGAUUUAGAAUAGGAUGAGGGUAACACUCCGUGAUCUGUGCGUAGCAUGGUAUUUGCAGUGAAGUGAGAUGUAAGAAGUAUGCUGAUGACCACUGGCUGUUGUUGAAGGGAAAGGCCAGGGCAGAAGUUUUUUUUUUUUCCCCUCAGAAAUCUUGUUAACGUGUACUCGUGUAAAAAUACAACUGAUCACAUCUUUGAAAUGAAAGAUGAAAUAUUUAAAUCCACCCCCUCUCUGGGUUUCCUGGAUUGGUGUUCUCCGUUCCCUGACCAGAAAGUCUAUUUGGGUUAAAGUGUAGUGGUGGCCAUUUAUAACAAAAGUAUUUUUUAGAAUAACUGAGGCAAUAGUAGUGUUCCUUAAGUUAAAUAACUUGUUUAGUUUUUUUAACCAUUGGUCUAAUGAUGAUGCUUCAUACAAGGGUAAUACAACAAAUUCUGCAUUGCUUGCCAUUUUAAGCACUUCAAAAUAGAGAUGUCUCAUUGUAUGACUUCAAGUGGUGCAUAUGCAACCAGAAGCCUACCAUGCAGCCAGUCAUGAUGGGUAGAGGAACCUGCCUUUGCAGUAUUAGACAAUGAAUUCUCUCCACUACACACCACAACAUUAUCAACAAUACAUCUGUCAGAAACGAUUCUGCCUCCCUUUUCUGCAGUUAUUUUGAUGCAUAAUGCUGGAAGCUGCCCAGUGUAGAUUGGAGCCUACUGCGUUUUUUCUGUUGUGCACAGUCACAGACUUUAAUGUACUUAAACCGUUCAUCUCAACCACAUGGAGUGGUUUCAUUAUCAGGUUUUUAUUACGUUACUGUUGUUCCAGGUUUCUUUUUUCUCCCCUUCAAUCCAGAUUAGCCAUUUGUGUUGUGAUUUGUUAAGUCUGCAACUCCGGCCAAAGAUUAUGAAUGAAGAUGUUUUCUGUGGUACAGCGGUGGUGCGCACCACAGACAGAGACAGCUAGUGUAUGUCUUUAUUCUGCACCGAUGUGUAUGACAUGCACCUAGGAGUAUUACCCAGGGGUGUCUGGGUAUUUCCCAUAGGCCUCAUAACACCAAUUGGUAUUUAGUGUGUGGGGCUUCGGCCUAUGCAAUAGCUCUGGUGAAAUGAAUACAAUGGGUUUUCAAAAGUGCUUUAAAUGUUGUAUUUGUAAUAAUUGGUAUCUGUAUAUUUGGCUUUGGAUACCAUUUGGAUUUGGAUACCAUUCUUGUUUCUAAAGACUAGCACAAGUGGAAGAGUGAGCCACAUCAAGGCAUUCGUCAUCAUUGGUUCACCGCUUUUUUAAUAUUUACUUAGUUUUGUGUUUUGCUUAUUUGAAUGCAGUUAAAAGAACUUGACACCAGGAGCAGCAGAUGGGAGUAAGGGAGAAAGCAACCAAUCUAAAAAACAUUACAGUUUAUCAUGACUUAGAUGAAUGUUUGUAUUACAAGAACCAUGAUAGCCACAGCUUCUGAGAUGUCCUUCAUCCCCAAACGGUUACCAAUUACCACAUUCAGUCACAUUCCCCCCGUGGCUUUUAGUAUAUAAUUUUGUUUUUGUCAUAGAAUUACAUGUCAGAUUGCAGCAAAAUAUAUCCGACUGUAAUUUGUGCCUGCUUAAGGAGAAGUUGAAGCUACAGUAUAACAGUUAAGAAUCUCCUGGUCCAUUCAAGUUGCACCGGCGUCAGCCCAAUAUUUCACGCGAGAGCCUAACUCUUAUAUGCCAGUUUUAAUGGUUGCUAACAGAUAACUCCUUGUGAAAUAAACUGUUGCGUGUUGAGUA